AUGGCCGAUUCACAAAUCCCACCCACAACGGGUCAAACAACCUCACCUUUUAUACCAACAUCCACUCAACCUUCACCAAAAACUACCAUUCCAACCACUACCACCGAACCUACUAUACUUCAUAAUGUUACACCAGACAAUACCACACAACCCAUUACCACUCAAGAAGAACCAACCAUUACUUUUAACCCUUCUUCUACCAUUCCACCCUUGUCUCAUUUCUUCCUGGGUGCGGGUCAAUCAUCUUCAAAUUAUACCAUUGCACCAAACUCAACCAUUGUCCAUGCUACAUCAUUUAGGCCAUCAAACCAGUCGGGUUUUCAAUACUCGACUUUUCCAUUUGGGCAAUCUUCGGGUAUAGGGGGAGAUGGAUAUGAGGAAGGAUAUGAAGAUUUUGAGGGUUACGAUGAAGACGGUUAUGCUUAUGGGGGGUGA